AUGGAGGAGGCCCUCGCCGGGCAGGUGGCCGCCAUGAAGCACCUACCUCUGGACUAUCCCCUGUCGGCCUUCAUGCCGCUGCUGCCGACCGUCGACGGGGUGGACCUGCCGGACCAGCCAUACAACGUGGUGAUGGCCGGUCGUCACCACCCGGUGCCGGUCAUCAUGGGCACCACCGCCGAUGAGGUGAAGCUGUACAUCCACAUGGCCUGGCCGAACCCCGUGUCGGCGGCCGAGUACCGGGCCGCCAUGCGCGUGCUCUUCAAGGGCAACGCCACCGAGGUCCUGGCUGAGUAUCCCCCGGUGUCCGGGGACAACCGCUCGGUCAUGUCGGUUGUCGGCACGCAUUAUGUGUUCAGCUGCCCGCAGCGGAAGUUCUCCCGUGGUCUGGCGGCCGCCGGCCUGGCUGGGCCGAACUCCGUCUUCCACUACAUCCACGACCAGGCCUGGAGCUUCCCCGGCUGGGAGCCGAACUUCUCCUUCUGCAAUGGCGCCUCCUGCCAUGGUGUGGAUCUGCCGUACUACUUCAACACGGCCACCUUGAUGUUUGACGUGACGGCCCCGGAGCAGCAGCUCUUCCGCCACAUCGCCGGGUAUUUCGGCAACUUCGUCCACACCGGCAACCCCAACAAUGGUGGCGGCCGUGGUGGCUCCUCCCCCUCUUCGCCGGCUACCGCCUGGCCCGGUCACUCCCAGACGUCGGAUCGCUAUGUUGUCUUCACCGCUCCCACGCCGUACUCCCUGAGUGGCUAUCUGCAGCAUGAGUGCGACUUCUUCGAUGGCAUCGGCUAUGAUCCCGAGCGUGUGUCCCGCGUGGCCAACUACCUGCUGUCCGGCAUCCGUGCUUAG